CAUCGGGAGGGACAACGCACUUCAACAAAAUGACACCGACUCCUCUUUUCCUGCUGCUUGGGUUCGCUUUCCUUAUAGGGAAUCGAGCACUUCCAGUGGGCAAGGAUGGCCAAAGAGAAGAUGUGGUGACAAGAUGUUUGGUGGAGGUUCUAUCCAAAGCGCUCUCCCAACCGGACUCCCAACUGGAUCAAGAGUGCAAAGAGAUUCUCCGAGCAGGAAUUAAACGUGCGCCGCCGGAUAAGAAGAGCAAUGAAGAGCAGGAUAAAGAUCACGUAGAGGAGCCCGAGGUCAAGGAUGCAGAAGACAUCCAAGAAUUUCUGAGGUCUGUGGAGCCCAUUCAGGUGACCCCAGAGGGCGGACACAAUCAGGAAUCCUGGAGUUUGGAGAAAAGGCACCAGGAAGAUGAUGGCGAGGUAGAGGAGGAACGGGAGAAGAGAAGCAGCUGGAGGCCAGGAGGGUUCCACCAGAAGCCCAAACGCGACAAGGAGCCUUUGGGAGAAGAUGAGGAGGAGGACUACGAACGCAGUCAGGAGUCGUGGGGGCUUGACAAUGAAAGGGACAAGAGGAAAUGGAGGCCUAGGGGAUACGGAAGAAGACAUAAGAGGGAUGAAGAACUGUCAGAGGAACCCAGAGAGGAACCAGAUGAGGAACGCAGUCAGGAAUCCUGGGGGCUCGACGGUGAAAGGGACAAGAGGAAAUCGAGGCCUAGGGGAUACGGAAGAAGACAUAAGAAGGAUGAAGAACUGUCAGAGGAACCCAGAGAGGAACCAGAUGAGGAACGCAGUCAGGAAUCCUGGGGGCUUGACGGUGAAAGGGACAAGAGGAAAUCGAGGCCUAGGGGAUACGGAAGAAGACAUAAGAGGGAUGAAGAACUGUCAGAGGAACCCAGAGAGGAACCAGAUGAGGAACGCAGUCAGGAAUCCUGGGGGCUCGACGGUGAAAGGGACAAGAGGAAAUCGAGGCCUAGGGGAUACGGAAGAAGACAUAAGAGGGAUGAAGAACUGUCAGAGGAACCCAGAGAGGAACCAGAUGAGGAACGCAGUCAGGAAUCCUGGGGGCUCGACGGUGAAAGGGACAAGAGGAAAUCGAGGCCUAGGGGAUACGGAAGAAGACAUAAGAGGGAUGAAGAACUGUCAGAGGAACCCAGAGAGGAACCAGAUGAGGAACGCAGUCAGGAAUCCUGGGGGCUCGACGGUGAAAGGGACAAGAGGAAAUCGAGGCCUAGGGGAUACGGAAGAAGACAUAAGAGGGAUGAAGAACUGUCAGAGGAACCCAGAGAGGAACCAGAUGAGGAACGCAGUCAGGAAUCCUGGGGGCUCGACGGUGAAAGGGACAAGAGGAAAUCGAGGCCUAGGGGAUACGGAAGAAGACAUAAGAGGGAUGAAGAACUGUCAGAGGAACCCAGAGAGGAACCAGAUGAGGAACGCAGUCAGGAAUCCUGGGGGCUCGACGGUGAAAGGGACAAGAGAAAAUCGAGGCCUAGGGGAUAUUCGAGGAGACACAAGAGGGAUGAAGAACUGUCAGAGGAACCUAGAGAGGAAGCAGAUGAUGAACGCAGCCAAGAGUCGUGGGGGCUCGACGACGAGAGGGACAAGAGGGAAUGGAGGCCUGGGAGAUAUCACCAAAGAAGACACAAACGUGAUGAGGAACUGUCAGAGGAACCUAGAGAGGAAGCAGAUGAUGAACGCAGCCAAGAGUUGUGGGGGCUUGGCGACGAGCGGGACAAGAGGGAAUGGAGGGCCGGGAGAUACCAUCAGAGGAGACACAAGAGGGACGAAGAAUUCUCAGAGGAUCCGGAUGAGGACCGCAGUCAAGAAUCCUGGGAUUUUGAUACUGACCGAUACAAGAGGGAUUGGAGACCUGGGAGAUAUCACCAAAGGAGACACAAACGUGAUGAGGAACUGUCAGAGGAUCCAGAUGAGGAACGUAGCCAGGAAUACUGGGAUUUUGAUACUGACCGAUACAAGAGGGACUGGAGACCUGGGAGAUACCACCAAAGGAGACACAGGCGGGACGAAGAACUCUCAGAGGAUCCAGAUGAGGAACGCAGCCAGGAAUACUGGGAUUUUGAUACUGACCGAUACAAGAGGGACUGGAGACCUGGCAGAUAUCACCAGAGGAGACACAAGCGUGAUGAAGAACUGUCAGAGGAUCCAUAUGAGGACCGUAGCCAGGAAUCCUGGGACUUUGGCAAAGAGAAGAAGGCCUGGAAGCCUUGGAGAUACUACCAGAACAAGCCUAAGCUUGAUGAAGAACUCUCCGAGGAAAAGAGAGAGAAAUCAGAUGGAGAACGCAGUCAGGAGUACUGGAGCUUUGACAAGAGACAUGACGAAGAUGACCACAACAACAAAUACCACAAGCAUGGAGGGGAGGAGCUGUCUGACGACGAAGACCUGAGGGACGAUUCUGACAAUCCUGAGGACAAAAGUGAAGCUCUGAGGUACUUGCCUGACAAACGAAACCCGUGGAUCUACAGAGGCUACUACCAUCCCGCCUGGUUCAAAAGAAAUCCAGAAGACCAUGAAGCUCCAAACAAGAUGGACGAGGCGGCCAAGCAGCUUGGUCUCAAACUCGACCAGCUCGUCAAACAGGAGGCAUCAGAGGGAGCCGUGCAAGCGAGGGCGCUCACGCCGCGCGAGGAGAAAGCACUGGAAAACUUGGCAGCAAUGGACGAGGAGAUGAAGAAAAUUUCCGCCAAGCUGCAUGAGAAAAAAUGAGCUUUUAAUGUUUGUUUCGUCUGCCGAGUUGAAGUGCACCCCCGAAAAUGUCAACCGUUGCUUAAAAAAAAAAAGCCUCUUGUUGUAUUUGUGCUAUUUUGAUGUGACAUUGUGAACGUGUGCAUGGGAAUGUUUUUGGUGUUUAGAUGUAGAAAUAAUAUUCACUGAUGUCAUUGUCUUUUCAAGUGCUUGUGUUCAAUAAACGAGUU